AUGGCCACUCUCGCAGAACACCCUAUGCACGCCACGGCCUCACCGAUGCAGAUGAACACUUACGACCAAGACCUCGACUCCUUUAUCAACUUCGAUCAACUCGCCUACACUUCCGCCGAAGCCGCCCGCCCCAAGGUCGCGCUUGCCAGCCAGCCGUCCGUCGCCGGCACCGAAUACAGCGCCAGUGAUAUGCGCAGCACCAGCUUCGCUUCCAGUGGACAAUCACCUCUCGCCUUUCCCGCCCCUAGCCACCACUACGAAGAGCACCGCCAGCAGACCGGUCUGCCUCCCGGUGCCUUGUCCAUGACCUACAACCAGGUUCCCCAGAUGAACUUUACCAACGGCCAGGGUUACCCGAUGAAUGGAGAUGUCUUUGCUGGACAAAUGAAGCGCGAAGACACCACCUUUGAUUUCAACACUGCUCCGACUCGCAACCCAUCCGACAUGGACCUUGAGUCGGACGGUGUGAACAACGCCCCAUACAUCUUCCAGGCUGGCGCUGGCAAGAACCAAUAUGUCGACCCCAACGCGCUCGGCGGCCAUGAGCUGGCUCAGGCCGGUCCGUCCACCCAGGUCGGCCGCAUGUACCCUGGCAUGCAUCAGCAGCAGGCUGCAAUGGCCAAGGCCCAGCAACAGAAGCAGGAUAUGCUUCGUCAGCAACAGAUGCAACAGCGUCGUGUGGAGGAGGUUCCUAAUGCUGCCGCUACCCGAGGCACGCGUCAACCCGAUCCCGUUGUCGAAGAGCGUAUCUCACGCCUGCUCCAGCAGAUGCGUGCAAAUGCCGUUGCCUCGGGUGAGGCCUCGCCCACGCCUUCCUCGGUCCUACCGCACAUGGCCAAGGCCAAGAAGGACGAGGCUGACAUGGAUGAGGAUGAGCGUCUUCUUGCUAGUGAGGAGGGCAAGAAGCUCAGCAGCAAGGAGCGUCGCCAACUACGGAACAAGGUGUCUGCUCGUGCUUUCCGCUCCCGUCGCAAGGAGUAUAUUGGUCAACUCGAGACUGAGAUCGCAUCCCGCACUAACGAGACUCACGAGCUGCGCCUUGAAAACCGUGCUCUCUACGAGGAGAAUGCCCGCCUUAACGACUUGGCACGCAUGCUUCUGGGCUCUCCCCACUUCGCCAACUUCCUGAACGACAUGCCCGACACCCUCCCAUCUCAGAUGUCCGCUCCUCAGCAGCCUCAGCAGCAAAUCCAGCACCAGCAGGCCGCUCCCCAUCCUACCGUGCCGGCCGCCAUUCCCAAAGAGGCCAGCGCUCCUCGCCCUCAGGAGUUCCACAUGCAGCAGAACCCCCAGGUCAACAUGGCUAUGGUUCCCAACCCCAGCAUGGACGCCUCCAUGAUGACCAGCAACGGUUGGAACUCGGGUAUCGACAUGAACUACGGCAACGCUUCCGUCUUCGCAGUCCUUGAGGUUCCCGCAGGCCCCGAGCUCGACAUUGAGGCUCUGUGUGGCAAGUCGUCCACCCCCCUGUCGAGCGAGAAGAAUGAGGCCCCCGUUCUUGACCUGCCUGAGAUUCCCGACCUGGAUGCCCUGACUCGGAAGUCUGAUGUCAGCUUCCCUGCUAACACUGAGUCGGACCUCUUCGCUGAGUCUCCUGCCACUUUCACCCCCGCUGAUGACGCACUUGUCUUUGACGGCAUCCCGACCGAGAAGGCCUCCUCCAGCUACGAGCUGGCCGUGGAGAACCCCAACGAGGUCACUGCCGCCGACAAGAACCGUUUGAGAUUGCUCUGCCAGAGCAUGCAUGCCGCCUUUGAGCGGGUGUCCUUAGCCACUUCGCACCUCCAGUGA